AUGUCCGCCUCGAGCCGUCCCUUCGAUGCCGAGUGCCCGCCGUGGGUGGAUGUGGAAGAGAGCAGCCGCAGCGAGCAGAGGGAGUGGCGGUGGGGGGCAGAGCCCGUGGUCCCGCAGGCUGUGGGGACGAACAAUGGAGCCAGAAAUAAGCACGCCGAGCCGUGCCGUGCCAAGAGUCUGCCGCUCGUCUCCGUGCAGGAUGCGUGGCUGUGGCUGCAAGCUGUCGGGCUUGACACGCUGCUGGUCUGCUUGACAUAUGCCCUUUUCUUGCAAAGGGUGCUUGGGGCCGGGCUGCGGGCGCUGGUGUCGCUGGCCGCCGGGCUGUUGGCGUGCGGCGGGGCCAGCGAGUACGACUACGUGAGCUACCAGUCCGACCUGGGCCCUUACCCGGGUGGGCGCUUCUACGCCAAGCCCCACCAGUGCGUGGCCAUCCCCGCCGACCUGCGGCUCUGCCACAGCGUGGGCUACGACAAGAUGGUGCUGCCCAACCUGCUGGACCACGAGACCAUGGCCGAGGUGAAGCACCAGGCGAGCAGCUGGGUGCCGCUGCUCAACAAGAACUGCCACAUGGGCACCCAGGUCUUCCUCUGCUCCCUUUUUGCCCCCGUCUGCCUGGACCGGCCGGUCUACCCGUGCCGCUGGCUCUGCGAGGCCGUGCGCGACUCCUGCGAGCCCGUCAUGCAGUUCUUUGGUUUCUUCUGGCCCGAGAUGCUCAAGUGCGACCAGUUUCCCCAGGACGACGUCUGCAUCGCCAUGACGGCUCCCAACGCCACCGAGGUCUCCAGGCCCAAAGGAACAACCGUGUGUCCCCCUUGCGACAACGAGAUGAAGUCGGAGGCCAUCGUGGAGCACCUGUGUGCCAGCGAGUUUGCUCUUAAGAUGACCAUAAAGGAAGUGAAGAAGGAGAACGGGGACAAGAUGAUCGUCCCGCGGAAGAGGAAGGCAUUGAAGCUGGGGCCCAUCCGCAAGAAGAACCUGAAGAAGCUGGUGCUGUUCCUGAAGAACGGGGCUGACUGUCCCUGCCAUCAGCUGGACAACCUCGGCCACUACUUCCUCAUCAUGGGCCGCCAGGUGAAGACCCAGUACCUGUUGACGGCCAUCUACAAGUGGGACAAGAAGAACAAAGAGUUCAAGAAGUUCAUGAAGAAGAUGAAGUCUCCCGACUGCCCGACGUUUCCGUCCGUCUUCAAGUGA